GCGGAAAACGCACCGUGUGGGAAACUCCGCGAGUGAGUGCGCGUCCUUUGUUCAAACUUCACCAGCACGUAACGCAUUCCAUUAUUAAAAAUUAGGCGUACGUGAUUUACGCAUACAUCAAAGACCACUUGUUACGUUGAUUUAUUCCGAAAACCUCGACCGCAAACAAAGCCCCAGAAAAACAGGGCGCAGUCGAAUUUGCCGGAGGGUGUGCGGGUGGUGCGAAAAUGUGGACGAAUCCUUGACUUUCGACUGUAAAAUGUGACGUAGCGACAAUUAGAUAACUGCAGGUGGUUUACGUUGAUAAGCGAAAUGUGGCUCACAAAGAAGAGUAAAUCUGCUAUUCUCGGCGUUCUAGCGCUGCUAGUCAACUCGCUGUUGGCGUAUCAAGAUGAUUGGCCAGCGGCCCGACUGACAUCAGAUGGACCCGCAUUUUUAACACCCAUACAUAAUUUGACCGUUAACGUCGGAAGGGAGGCCGUUCUGUCGUGCUCCGUUGGAAAUUUAGGCAGAUAUAAGGUGGCAUGGGUGAGAGCAGAAGAUCAAACGGUACUUAGUUUGAAUUCCAAAGUCGUCACGCAUAAUUCCCGUAUAAGUGUUAGUCACGACAGCCAGCAUACGUGGCAAUUACGAAUACGUCAAUUAAAGGAAUCCGAUCGCGGUUGUUACAUGUGCCAAAUUAACACGAGCGUUCUCAAGACUCAGGAGGGAUGCAUUGACGUUAAUGUUCCGCCAGAUAUAGUGAACGACGACACUAGCGGCGAUUUAUCCGUUCUGGAAGGGGAAAAUACGACGCUUUGGUGUAAGGCAGUUGGACAUCCAUCACCACGUAUCGCAUGGAGGCGCGAAGACGGUCAUCCCAUUACAAUUCGUAAAGGGCACAAGGAAAUCGUGGAAGUUGACAUCUAUAAUGGAAGCAACCUUCAUUUUUGGCGGUUGGAUCGAAAACAAAUGGGAGCUUACUUGUGCAUCGCAAGCAACGAUGUACCACCAGCUGUGAGCAAAAGGAUCGCCCUAAGUGUCAACUUUGCUCCCGUUAUUAAAGUGCCCAAUCAACUUUUGGGAGCUCCACUGAAUACCGAUGUACAGCUGGAGUGCUACGUCGAGGCCUUUCCCAACACUAUCAAUUAUUGGCUGAAGAACCGGGGCGAAAUGCUUUUGAACGGGACACGUUACGCAAUAAGAGAGCAGCGAAAAGGAUACAGAGUAUACAUGUCACUUAUUGUUCGUUCGUUCUCCACAAAGGACGUCGGAACCUACAAUUGCGUGUCAACGAAUUCAUUAGGACGAGCCGAAGGAACGCUACGUUUGUACGAAAUCAAAGUCAGCCACGCAGGAACGCACGAGUACGUGAACGGAGUCGGAGGCAUCGCCGAAUCGGCCAGAAGUCACAUAUCAAGAGACACAAACGGAAAGUCACCCCUGUGCAUACAGCAGGUGCAGUUCCUCAUCACGAUCGCAUGCAUCGUAAUCAAUCCUCGGUGACAUUUUAUAAUUUAAAGCGACAAAGGGCGAACGCGACGAAUUUGGAUUUUAGUAAUAUAAUUAAUUGUGACAAAAAAAAAUUAUAAAUAAGUAAAGCGGAGUGCUGUAAAUAAUGGGCUUCGGGAGAAUUAAGGUUCGAAUUAUUUACGGGAGAGGUUUUUAAUAAAUAUAAAUGUGCUACUAAGGAUUCGUUACGUUUGGGGUGUUGGUUUUUAUUACAGAAGUUAGAUGAAGGAAUCUGUGUUUCUGGUUUACUCUCAAUCCAUACAUAGGUGAAAAAGGUCUGUGAUUAUUUACUUGUAAGUUUAGUUUGUAAAUAAAAUUUUAUGUACGUAAGGUGUUGUGGCACCUGAUGGCGUUUUUUUUUUAAAAAAGCAAAAAUAAUUCAUAAUUAUAAACUUGUGCGACAUCCUGCAGUGGUUUGGAAAAUAUUUCUUCAUAUCGGUGUGAUUUCUGCAACAAGAGUUGAGAUAUCUUGUCAUAGAGAGCAGCAGUGCACAGACCGGAAAUCGAUACAGCAAACGAAAGUGCCCUUUUAUUA